GGUUUUCCACCUUCGUUUCCCGUCCGAGGUGUUGGGUCAUAAUCUGGGGUUGGAGGCAAACGUGUCCCCGGAUCCUCCCUUGGCUGCUUCUGCCCCCAUCUCCCGCUGCUAUCUGGGGGUUUUGCAUAUGCUCUGGGUAUGGAUUUGAGACACCUUGAGGGAGUUUCCGAAGGAAGAGGAGGGUCAACCUUUGGGAGUAGCCGACCGGCAGGACGCAUGGUGACCCUGGUCACACUUGUUGCCAGUCGCGUGGUGGGACAGGCAGUGGUGCUGAAAAAAGCUUGUUUCUCCUGGUAUUGAGUCGUCCGUGGAACCCGGGAGCGAAGAAGACAUACCUGGGUGAGGAUGGGAGACCAGGAUUAAGAGGAGACUGAUACGCUGGGGCAGAGAGGGAGUGGCGGCACCUGACUUGCUGGAUCCAAAAUCUGCCGCUCAGAACUCCAAACCAAGGCUCUCAUUUUCCACGAAACCCACAGUGCUUGCUUCUCGGGUGGAGAGUGAUACGACCAUUAAUGUUAUGAAAUGGAAGACGGUCUCCACGAUUUUCCUGGUGGUUGUCCUCUAUCUCAUCAUCGGAGCCACCGUCUUCAAAGCACUGGAGCAGCCUCACGAGAUUUCACAGAGGACCACCAUCGUGAUCCAGAAGCAAACAUUUAUUUCCCAACACUCCUGUGUCAAUUCGACUGAGCUCGACGAACUCAUCCAGCAAAUAGUGGCAGCAAUAAAUGCAGGGAUUAUACCGUUAGGAAACACCUCCAAUCAAAUCAGUCACUGGGACUUGGGAAGUUCCUUCUUCUUUGCUGGCACUGUUAUUACAACCAUAGGAUUUGGAAAUAUCUCACCACGCACAGAAGGGGGGAAAAUAUUCUGUAUCAUCUAUGCCUUACUGGGAAUUCCCCUCUUCGGUUUUCUGUUGGCUGGAGUCGGAGAUCAACUAGGGACCAUAUUUGGAAAAGGAAUUGCGAAAGUGGAAGAUACCUUUCUUAAGUGGAAUGUUAGUCAGACCAAGAUCCGCAUCAUCUCAACAAUCAUAUUUAUACUGUUUGGGUGUGUGCUCUUUGUUGCUCUGCCUGCGAUCAUAUUCAAGCACAUAGAAGGCUGGAGUGCCCUGGAUGCCAUUUAUUUUGUGGUUAUCACUUUAACAACCAUUGGAUUUGGUGACUACGUUGCAGGUGGAUCAGAUAUUGAAUAUCUAGACUUCUAUAAGCCUGUCGUGUGGUUUUGGAUCCUUGUGGGACUUGCUUAUUUUGCGGCUGUCCUGAGCAUGAUUGGAGACUGGCUCCGAGUGAUAUCAAAAAAGACAAAGGAAGAGGUGGGGGAGUUCAGAGCCCAUGCUGCUGAGUGGACAGCCAACGUCACAGCCGAGUUCAAGGAAACCAGGAGACGGCUGAGUGUGGAGAUUUAUGACAAGUUCCAGCGCGCCACCUCCAUUAAGCGGAAGCUCUCUGCAGAACUGGCUGGGAACCACAACCAGGAGCUGACUCCUUGUAGGCGGACCCUGUCCGUGAACCACCUGGCCAGUGAGAGGGAUGUCUUGCCUCCCUUACUGAAAACUGAAAGUAUCUAUUUGAAUGGAUUGACGCCACACUGUGCAGGCGAGGAAAUUGCUGUUAUAGAGAACAUUAAAUAGCCCUCUCUUUCAAGAGCCUUAGGCAUAGCCAUAGGUGAGGACUUCUAUAUGAUCUUUAUGACUGUUGCUGGUAGCAUUUUUUAAACUGUGCAUGAGCUCCAAAAGUGGGGGAAAAAUAGAUACACCCAUCAUGGUCAUCUGCCAUCAAAAGAAUCUGGAAUUCUGAGCCAGCACUAUCUUUUUGAUGAUGCUUGUUGAAAGAUCCACUUUCUUAGAUGAGUGGAGUAAAACAAGCAAUGUCUGAUGCCUUUCUGUGCCCAGACUGUUUUUCUCUCUUUUUUUCUAAUGUGCCAUAAGGCUUCAGAAUGAAUUAUAAUUGUUUCUGGUAAUAAUGUAGCUUCGAGGGAUCAGUCCUUAAUUUUUCAGGGUCUACCUAACUGAGCCUAGAUACGGACCACUUAUGGAUGACGUUUCUUUUUGUAAAUGGCAAGAAAUUCUUACGCAGCCUUUUACCUAAGAAAUUUUCUGUCAGUGCCUUAUCUUAUGAAGAAGCAGAACCUCUCUCUAGCUAAUGUGUGGUUUCUCCUUCCCCGCCCCACACCUAGGCUCACCUACAGUCCUUUACCCCAUGACCCCCAUUUGAAUACCAUACCUUGCUGGAAACUGUGUAAAAUGACUGACGUGAUGAUACCAGAAGAAGGAAUAGAUGCCAAAUUAGAUGGACAUUGAAGCAACACUCAGAAACCCUAGCAGUAAAGGCACUGCAGAGAAAUGAGGGGCAAAGAUGGCCCCUCUGAGUAUUUAUUUGACUCAGGUACCAGUGGUACACACAUACAGUGUCAUUAUUACCAGGCUGGUAAAAUUGGCUGCUCCCAGUCCCUUUUUUUCCUGGCAGUAUUUGGAAUUGGUCAUUUAUUAAUAACUAUACAUUUUUUAAAGCGGAAGAAGAUAAUCCAUAUAUAUAUAUAAGUAAUCUGGCAGAAGAAAACUGUUAAAAGGAUAUUUUUAGGAGGUGAUUAGAGAGUUAAGAUUUAAAUUGGAAGCGAUUUAAGAUAAUGGGUGCGAAUUACCAUUCUGAUAAAAACAAGAUAGCGAAACAAUAUGUUAUGAGCAUUUGAAUAAACAUUAUACUGCCAGCAUCAAUUUGCUUUUUGGUGUAUGAAAGAAAGGCUUAUAUGAUUUUCUUUCCUUGAGUGACUUUUGCCAGAUGAGGGGAGGUGACACAGCAGGCAGGACUGGGCUCAGGCCUCACCUUCUGUGGGUGUACCUCUGGAGUUGUGACUGAGUGUGAGAGCAGAAGUUGGAAGUGGGAUCACUGUGAUUUUGCACAUGGAAAAAUGCAGAUUGCAGGCAUAAUUCAUCUCUGACAAUAGAGAAAAAGCUGUUAUAGCACAAUUUAAAUCUUGAGAGCUUUUUUUUUUUUGAAUAGAAAAGGCUGAUAAUCCUUUUUAGUUUAAUUUUAUAUCCUGUAACUCUGGAUGUUUCCAAAAUUCAGAAGAAAUUCAGUAAAGGCACUUAAUAGAUUGCUACUCUUUCUUUUAUUUUCAUACUUAGAUCUGCUGUACAUUGUAUAUAUAAUUUUUAAAAAUGCAGAAAGAAAAUAAUUUCCCUAAAUAUAAUUGCAAAACAUUUCUUUUACUAUUUGAGGGUGGGGGAGGGGUGCUCUGAAAAAGUGGCGUUCAGAUUAGGGUCUUAAAAAUUAACCCAGGAUCUUAAAAAAAAAAAAAAAACUUAAUAGAUGCUUAUUUUCCAAAAUUUAAAUUUAAGCUAAAAAUGUAAAUAUUCAGCUAACUUGUUAAAGGUACUUUUCUAAACUUAAAAAAUUCUAACCGAAAUUUUAGAAAGUCAGGCUCUUUUAGAAAGAAAGCUACAUCCAUUUCCUCAGUAACUGUUCUGAAAGUUCAUAUGGUGGGUUGCACCAUGUAUAAACUGUGAAUUGUAUUGACAAAUAAAGUUUGUAAUUAAAGUCAG